GCCACGCCAUGGCGCGCCAGUCGCGUGAGCUGCCACGUAAUGUGUGUGUGCCGCUCGUUUGCUCACGAAUUGGUACGCUGUAAUAUUUGCGAGAUCGUUCGAAGGAAUUAAACGGCAACGAGGGGCGAUGCGCGGGUCUGCAUCCGGCCGUUCAUAAUUUCGGUGUCGCACCCAUCGCGAAGUGACUUUUAGAGGGACAGAAUGUCACAGUCAAGCGGUUACCAGUAUCCACUGUAUGUAGAACCCAACAAUACUUUAAAGAAUAAUCCAUCACCUGUAGUGAAUGGUCAAAGUUCUAUACCUCAACAGAAUGGUAUGCAGUCUCCUCAUUUUAAUCUGACCGGUACACCAUCGUCGCAAUCCUCACGUGAUCCAUCCAGGGAAACUUCUAGAGAUCCAUCACCAACCCAAUACCUUCACAAUCAAUAUCGGCCUCAGUUACCUCGACCGCCAAUGCCACCAAUAACUGGGCCACAAAAUUCUAAUAUAUUGUCCUCACCACCUAGAACGUCACAGCCAUUUAGUCCCAUUAACCCUUAUGGUGCACAUAGCCAGUAUGCCACUAGCAGUCAUCAAAACAUUGGUGUGUCCUCAGUUGCCUUGGUAACCCAACCUAGCCAUGAAAUUCACCAUAGAUCCAUGAUUCCCCCGAAUCAGAUGCCUCCACUGGGGAGAAAUCUCGGGUCAGAAUCUGAAACUUUGACACCUGCGGAUAUUGUCAAAUCGGAAUUUGCUAAAGUGAAUCAAAGUUACCAAUGGACAACCAAUUCUCCACCCAGCAGCGUUUCGCAAGGCACUAUAGGCAUUUCUGGCGCAUCCGGUAACAUCGAUAAGACUAGUCAAGUCUCUAAAGAUCAAACAACAGGCAGUCAAGUGCCAUUUACGAGAGUGAAUCAGCCGUCAACACAUGAUCAGAGUCAUCCUAUUUCUUCAGCCCUAUCCAACAUUAGUCUGCUUUCUCCAAGCGUCAUUCAACAUUCGAGUCAAGACAGUAACAUGCAGCAGGAUCCACAGACUUCUAGUGUACAACUAUCAAGGACUCGGAAUGUCCAGGCACAAUCGCCUAUUGAUCCUUCCGAAAGUUCAAUUAAUCCUCAACUCAGAUAUGGAAGUCAGCAAAGCAUAUUCAACGCAUCUUCGACACCGCAUAUGAGUUCUAGCACGCAAAAUUUGUUUUCCAGUAGUUCACAACAAAUUCACAAUAUGGCUGCACGAAAUCCGCAGGAUUAUUGCCCUCAGCCUUUGAAACAUCAGUCUCAAUUUCAAUCUCAGUUUCAACCUCAACCGCAGCUUCAACCUCAGCCUCAACCGCAGCUUCAACCUCAGCCUCAACCGCAGCUUCAACCUCAGCUUCAGCCUCAACCUCAGUCUCAGCCUCAGCCUCAGCCUCAGCCUCAUUCUCACCUUCAGUCUCAACCUCAGCCUCAAUCUCAGCCUCAGCCUCAGCCUCAACCUCAACCUCAACCUCAACAAAGUCUACUCACUGACCAAAUGGACCCUAUGGGACUGGGAGGUGUUCCUCAAGGUUCGAAUGUAUAUCAACAUUUAGCUGGUCAGAGAAAGUAUCCGCAACAGGACACUGCCAAUACCACGAUGCCACCUCCAAGGGCUACCGUGCCGUCUUCAGGAAUUAGUCAGUUACAUGCGAGACCACCGUCGUCAAGGAUGCUUCCAGGACAUCAGAUGUACGAUACUCGUUCGCACUAUCCCGGCUCGAUGACGAACGUUCCUUUAGACUCAUUAAAUAGAAGAUAUCCUAAUACGUAUCCCGACCAAUUAAAUCAGUUAAAUAAUCAGAUGAGCAAUUUGAACGUGGCACAGAGUGGCUUUGACCAAUUAUGGGGUUCGGUAACGGUAGACCUCUUACAAGGCAGGAAUAUACUGCCGCCUAAAAAAGUCGAGCCACCAAAGAUUAAGUUACAUCAGGAAUUGUUAGACACUGCAAAUUGUAGUCCCGAAAUAUUCAGAUGUACGCUGACCAAGGUUCCCGAUACAAAUAUGCUUCUACAGAAGUCUAGAUUGCCAUUCGGUGUACUGAUACAUCCUUUUAAGGAUUUAAAUCAGCAUUUGCCGGUGAUUCAGUGUAAUACGAUCGUGCGCUGUCGAGCUUGCCGAACGUACAUCAAUCCCUUCGUUAUUUUCAUCGACAUGAAGAGAUGGAAGUGCAAUCUCUGUUUCAGGCUAAAUGAACUACCCGAAGAGUUCCAAUAUGAUCCUGUAACGAAAUCAUACGGUGAGCCCGCGCGACGGCCAGAAGCUAAGAACGGCACGAUAGAGUUCAUUGCGCCGAGCGAAUACAUGCUCCGUCCACCUCAGCCCGCAGUCUAUCUAUUCGUCGUAGACGUAUCUCGUCUCGCGAUAGAAAGCGGCUACUUACAGAUCGUCUGUAACACCAUCAUCGACGAAUUGUCGCGUCUACCUGGCGACAGCCGCACUCAGAUUGGUUUCCUCGCCGUCGAUUCUGCUCUACACUUCUUCAGCAUGCCCGACAAUGUCUCGCAGCCGCAUGAAAUGAUUAUGCUGGACAUCGAUGACGUGUUUCUACCGUGUCCGGAGAACCUGAUUGUGAAUCUGAAGGAGCGCGAGGAGCUCGUCCGUGACCUUCUUACUCAGCUGCCCGUCAAAUUUCACGGCACUCACGACACUAGCUGCGCUCUCGGCGCCGCUCUUCAAGCUGCCUAUAAGCUUCUCUUCGCGACUGGAGGACGCGUCACUGUUUUCCAGACAUGUCUGCCUAAUCACGGUCCAGGAGCCUUACAGUCACGAGAAGACCCCAACGCUAGAGCAGGCAAAGACGUGCCGCAUCUUAAUCCGGCGACAGACUUCUAUAAGAGAUUCGCAUUGGAUUGCAGCGGACAACAAAUUGCGAUUGAUUUGUUCCUGUUGAACAGUCAGUACAGCGACCUGGCAACUUUAUCGUGCAUGUCAAAGUUCACUGGUGGCUGCAUUUUCCACGUGCCGUUGUUUCGAACUUCAAAGUUGCAAAGCGCGGAGACAUUGGAGAGAAUGCUUCGCCGAUAUCUGACCAGAAAAAUCGGCUUUGAAGCUGUAAUGAGGAUUCGUUGCACUCGUGGUCUGAGCAUUCAGGCCUUUCACGGUAGCUUUUUCGUACGCUCGACCGAUCUCCUUUGUUUGCCAAACAUCAAUCCGGACGCCGGCUUUGGUAUGCAAAUUGCUAUCGAAGAGAAUCUUUCUGACAUGCAGAGUGUAUGCUUCCAAGCAGCUCUACUCUACACUUCGAGCAAAGGUGAACGAAGAAUCAGAGUGCAUACGUUGUGCUUGCCAGUUGUAAAAAAUCUAUCAGAUAUUCUGCAUGCCGCUGAUCAACAAUGUAUAGUGGGUCUCCUAUCGAAAAUGGCUGUCGAUCGGUCGCUUCAAUCGUCUUUGUCGGAUGCCAGAGACGCGUUAAUAAACGUCGCCAUUGAUGUCCUAUCUACGUACAAAUUGCUACAAUCCAGCGGCAGUGGAAGACUUUUAGCGCCGGAAAGCUUGAAGUUAUUGCCGUUAUAUAUCAUCGCAUUAUUGAAAAGUGUGGCAUUCAGGUCUGGCACAAGCACACGUUUGGAUGAUCGCGUGUUCGCCAUGUUUCAAUUGAAAACAUUACCCUUGGCGCAGCUAAUGCAGAUGGUUUACCCCGAUCUGUACCCGGUGCACGCACUCGACGACCGCAACGCUAAAGACAUCGAAGGCAAGAUCUGUCCGCAACCGCCACGGCUUCAUCUAUCUGCGGAGAGACUCGACGCUAGAGGCGUCUUCCUCUUGGACGCCGGUGACAAGAUCUAUAUCUACGUUGGCAAGAAUGUCAACCCGGUAUUCUGUUCGGCAGUAUUCGGAGUCUCAGCGUUUGCGUCUAUUUCAGAGGAAUUGUAUGAAUUGCCGGAAUUGGACACGAUAGAAAACGAACGGUUGCGGCAUUUUAUAUUCAGUUUGCAAGAAGAGAAACCGUUCUGGGUACCUAUACAGAUCAUCAGGGAGGAUAGCCAUUUCAGGACAUUGUUCAUCGAGCGUUUAAUAGAAGACAGGUUCGAAACGGCGCUUAGUUACUACGAGUUCUUACAGCAUCUCAAGAUACAGGUGAAAGAGUGACCGAUCUGAUUCUACUGGGAGUCAUUGGAUUCAUGAGUCAUAAAGUCGCAUUAAAAUGUGAUUAAGAAUUGUGCGCGAAUCAUCAUCGAUCGGUCGUGGGUUCACAUAGGAAAUAUCGGGGACGAGUGGUUUCAAAAACUAUUUUGCCAUACGCAGCAGUGAUAGCCUUACCGACAGACACUGACGCAUUUAAAUAUGGUAGAUUGUAAUUAUUGUUAUUAUUAAUACUAUUAUUACAAUUGUUUACCAUCGAUAUCUCUGAUACACAAGGAUUCGCACGUUCUCGUUGCGCGCGUCCACUUGGGAUAAAUAUGUAUAACUUCUUUAUAUACGCUUGUGCUCGUCCAGUAAACGAUAAUAUGAGUUUUUACGAUCUUGUGCUAUAUCCGUAGCACUUUUAAUUCGUGCAAUUUUUACCUGGACAAUGAUAAAAUCUUGAUUAAUCCAUCGAACAGCAUCGAUAUGACGAGUAAUUUCUUUUCUUUUUCCACGCGGAAUAUUUUUAGACUAUUUUGUCUCGUUCUAUGCAAGAGAUAGAGAGAGAGAGAGAGAGAGAGAGAUCCUGUAUUUGCGAUUUGUAAAAUGCAGAAAUUAAUCUUACUUUAUUUAUUUAUUUUUUCU